AAAAUACAAGCUGAGUUGAUUUUAAUCUUUGUCGAGUUCAGAGUCUAUUAUUAUGUAUAUAAAGAGAUUGGCAUGAAACCAUAUAACCAUCACAAUUCCCAUUUUUGCUCUUUCAUUUUAAAGGAGAAGCAAAACCUCAUAGAAGUCAAUGAGUCUCAUUCCUAUUACUUUUUAUUUUCUCUUCUUGUUCUUUUCUAAUUUUCGAGGUGUUUUUGCUGUUCCUAAUAUACACUUAUGUCAUUUCGAACAAAGAGAUGCACUUCUCGAGUUCAAGAACGAGUUUAAGAUUAAGAAGCCUUGUUUUGGUUGUCCAAGUCCUCUGAAGACAAAGUCAUGGGAGAAUGGCAGCGACUGUUGUCAUUGGGAUGGUAUUACUUGCGAUGCUAAGACCGGGGAAGUAAUCGAGAUAGACCUUAUGUGCAGCUGCCUCCAUGGCUGGUUUCAUUCCAACAGUAAUCUUUCUAUGCUUCAAAAUUUCCAUUUUCUAACCACUCUAGACCUUUCAUAUAAUCAUUUGAGUGGUCAAAUCUCAUCUUCUAUUGGAAACCUUUCUCAUCUCACCACUCUCGACCUUUCUGGAAAUAACUUCAGUGGUUGGAUUCCUUCUUCCCUUGGAAACCUUUUUCACCUCACCUCUCUCCACCUCUAUGAUAACAAUUUUGGUGGUGAAAUCCCAUCUUCACUUGGAAAUCUGUCGUAUCUCACCUUUCUCGACCUAUCUACUAACAAUUUUGUUGGUGAAAUCCCUUCUUCUUUUGGCAGUUUGAACCAAUUGUCUAUUUUACGUCUUGAUAAUAAUAAGCUUAGUGGUAACCUCCCACUUGAAGUAAUCAAUCUUACAAAGUUGUCAGAGAUAUCACUCUCUCACAAUCAGUUCACAGGCACGCUUCCUCCUAACAUCACUUCACUCUCCAUCUUGGAGUCCUUUUCGGCAAGUGGAAACAAUUUCGUUGGAACUAUCCCUUCCUCUCUCUUCACCAUUCCUUCUAUAACUCUUAUUUUUUUGGACAAUAACCAACUCAGCGGCACUCUUGAGUUUGGGAAUAUAUCUUCACCGUCUAAUUUACUAGUGUUACAACUUGGCGGUAACAACUUGAGAGGUCCAAUCCCUACAUCUAUUUCCAGAUUAGUCAACCUUAGGACACUUGACCUUUCCCAUUUCAACAUCCAAGGCCAAGUUGACUUUAAUAUCUUCUCGCAUCUCAAGUUGCUAGGAAACCUUUACCUAUCCCAUUCCAACACCACCACUACAAUUGACUUGAAUGCAGUCUUAUCAUGUUUCAAGAUGCUCAUUUCAUUGGAUCUCUCAGGCAACCAUGUUUUAGUCACAAACAAAAGUUCAGUUUCUGACCCUCCUUUGGGAUUGAUAGGCUCUUUGAACUUAUCAGGAUGCGGUAUCACCGAGUUUCCAGAUAUCCUAAGAACGCAACGCCAAAUGAGGACGCUAGACAUUUCCAACAACAAAAUCAAAGGCCAAGUGCCUAGCUGGUUACUAUUACAGUUGGAGUACAUGCAUAUCUCCAACAACAAUUUCAUCGGUUUCGAAAGAUCAACGAAACUUGAAAAAACCGUAGUCCCAAAACCAUCUAUGAAGCACUUUUUUGGCUCCAAUAACAAUUUCAGUGGAAAGAUUCCAUCUUUCAUAUGCUCGUUGCGCUCUCUAAUCAUUCUCGAUUUAUCUAACAACAACUUCAGUGGUGCAAUCCCUCCUUGUGUGGGAAAAUUCAAGAGUACUCUUUCAGAUCUUAACCUACGUCGGAAUCGUCUUAGUGGAAGUCUUCCAAAGACUAUAAUAAAAAGUUUAAGGUCUCUUGAUGUGAGUCAUAACGAACUGGAGGGAAAGCUUCCAAGAUCUUUGAUCCACUUCUCUACUCUUGAAGUUUUGAAUGUAGAAAGCAACAGAAUCAACGACACGUUUCCGUUCUGGUUGAGUUCUCUAAAAAAGCUGCAAGUUCUUGUCUUACGCUCCAACGCAUUUCACGGACGGAUACACAAGACUCGGUUUCCUAAGUUGCGAAUCAUCGACAUAUCCCGUAAUCACUUCAAUGGGACAUUGCCAUCAGAUUGCUUUGUGGAGUGGACUGGGAUGCACUCACUUGAAAAAAAUGAAGAUCGGUUUAACGAAAAGUACAUGGGAUCAGGCUAUUACCAUGAUUCAAUGGUUCUGAUGAAUAAAGGCUUAGAGAUGGAGCUGGUACGUAUCCUAAAAAUCUAUACAGCUCUCGACUUCUCUGGAAACAAAUUUGAAGGAGAGAUUCCAAGAUCCAUCGGUCUAUUGAAAGAACUUCAUAUCCUCAACUUGUCAAGCAAUGGUUUCACCGGCCACAUCCCAUCAUCUAUGGGGAACCUGAGAGAGCUCGAGUCACUGGAUGUUUCCCGAAACAAGCUUUCAGGAGAAAUUCCACAAGAACUAGGGAACCUCUCGUACCUUGCGUACAUGAACUUUUCUCAUAACCAGCUUGUCGGUCAAGUACCAGGAGGCACCCAGUUUCGAACGCAAUCCGCUUCGUCUUUUGAAGAAAACCUUGGACUUUGUGGUCGUCCUCUCGAAGAAUGUAGAGUUGUCCAUGAGCCGACGCCUUCAGGGGAAUCAGAAACAUUGGAAUCAGAACAAGUCUUGAGUUGGAUUGCAGCUGCCAUAGGGUUCACACCUGGUAUCGUGCUUGGAUUGACCAUUGGGCACAUCGUGCUUUCCUCCAAACCGCGUUGGUUCUUCAAGGUGUUGUACAUCAACAACAGUCGUAGACGCAGACGAACUCGUUCUGAGAAAUCCUAAAUCACGGAAUUGAAGACGUUCGUUCGAGAAGAAGAAGAUGGAGGAAUAAAGCAGGAGGAUCGUUAUGUGAAUUCGAAAUUGGGCUGAUAAAAUGGGCUUGCUUACAUAAUUUAGGCCCAUUAAUGAAAGACGUCGGCGAAGAAAGCAACGUUGUACGGAGAAAGUAAUAAUUACAAGAAGAAGACGAAGACAUUCAUGGACAUUAAUCAUGGAAGGUAGCGACUAGCGAGCGCAUGCUUAGUGGAGAGAUUCCUGUAAAUUUCUAUCUUUUUUUUGUAUUUUUGUAUUAGAUGUUGACAUAUUGGAAUUGAUAUGUCGGUUACUGUAAUACCAAAUUCUCAACAUGGUUUAACCACUACAUAUAGAAAUUGUUCAAAACCGGUUGUGUAAUGAAAAUUCACGUAAUUUUUGCUAU